GUGGAUCUUGGUACUUGUCUCCGUGAAGAAACGAGGUAAUUUGUAUAUGUGGUUUGACAUGUUGCUGUAUGAGAUGAAGCUGAAAGGAUAUUUCUGAUCAUAUGAACAUUUAUAAAUAUAAUUACAAUUUGUCCGUAUUUGCAAUGGUUAGAUGGAUGAGUUGGCUGUCAAGCGGCGAAAAAUAAUUGCUCAUGCUGCGGGAGUUGUUGCUACAAUGUGUGCGUACACGUUGUUUUUGUAUAGACGUCGAGGUCGUGAAGCACCCAUCAGCUAUGGUCCUUUAGCUGAAAGAGAUAAAAUUAGAAUGGAAAACCUUAGAUUCAUUUUUCAUAAUGAUGAUCGCCAUUGUGUAGAACAGCUUCGUAUGAGGAGAGCCCCCUUUUUUCACUUAUGCACAUUACUCAGGACAAGACGGUUGCUUAAAGAUACAAUUCAUAGCUCCAUUGAGGAACAAGUUGCCAUGUUCCUGCAAGUGGUUGGCCACAAUUGUAGAUUUAGGUUGAUAAAGUUGAAUUUUAGAAGGGGUUUGGAAACAAUUAGUCGCUACUUUCGAGAAGAUUGCAUUGGUGCUAUAGAUGGAACUCAUGUGCUAGCUAGAGUCCCAGCUAGCAUGGCAGCCGCCUUUCGGGGUAGGAAGGGGGUGACCAUACAAAAUGUUAUGGCUGCUGUUAAUUUUGAUCUUAAGUUCACAUAUGUCUUAGCUGGCUGGGAGGGAUCUGCUCAUGAUGCCAUCAUUCUAGCAGACGCUUUAGAAAGGGAUGACGGCUUAAGGGUUCCCCCGGGUAAAUUCUACUUGGUCGAUGCAGGAUAUGCUGUUCGUCCUGGGUUCCUUCCACCAUAUCGUGGCUGCCGAUACCAUUUAAAGGAGUAUGGUGGAAGGAACAACCCUCGUGACCAUAGGGAAUUAUUCAAUCUGAGGCACUCCUCGCUUAGAGUCACAGUAGAACGAGCUUUUGGUGCAUUGAAGAAUCGUUUCAAAAUUCUUUACAACAAGCCGUUUCACCCGUACAAAACCCAAGUGAAGUUAGUGCUAGCUUGCUGCAUUUUGCACAACUGGAUCCUAACACACGGCCCUGAUGAGUGUGUCCCUGCGGAACAAGACUGGACUCCAAACCCUGUGGAACCCGAAGCACAUAACGAUGUUGCAUAUGACAACAACUCGUGGGCAGCAAAGAGGGACGAGUGGGCACUAGCUAUGUGGAACAAUAGGGGAAACAUGCGUGUAUGAAAGGCAUCGUGUAAUAGUUGGUACUUUUAAUUGUGCAACGGUUUGUAGACUAAAUUCAUAUGUAA